AUGGGUUUAAACUGGUGCCGAAUGAGAGGAAUUGAAUCUUUAACUAAAAAGGCUCAACUAAAUUAUCAAUGCGGUUAUUUUGAAGGAGCUGGAUGGCACUAUAACCAAGCACUAGAGGUUUUAAAAACUAUUAAAAAUCGUGGUGCAAAAGAGCAGCGUGAUUUGACGAAAGCUGAAGAAUAUUGUAAUCAAGCAGAAGAAGCAGCCAGACUUAUAGGUGAUCAAGUGCAAUUAGCAAAGUGUUUAGAUAAUCAAGGCGCUAUUAAGAUAGCAAAAAAGAUGUAUGAUGAAGCAUUAGUUGAUUACAAGAGAUCAUUAGAGUUAAAAUUAGAGAAAAUCAGCGAAAUUAGCCCUGAUAUUGCUGACAGUUACAGCGGCUUGGGAGAAAUCUAUUUGAAUUUAUCCAAAUUCGACACGAGUCUGUCCAUGUUUCAGAAAGCAUUAGCGAUUAGGCAACAAGUUUAUGGGGAAGGUCAUUUUGAUGUAGCGAAUUCGUAUUACAACGUAGGAUCAGCUUAUUUUCAGAAAUCCGAUUUUGAAGACGCCCUUACUAUGCAUGAGAGUGCACUAGAUAUUCGAUUAAAAUUACAUGGUAAUGAUAGUCUGUAUGUUGCUCGUUCUUAUAACAGCAUUGGAAAUGUUUAUCAUAUGACAUUAGAUUAUGAGGAUGCAUUGUCGAUGUAUAGAAAAUCUUUGGAUAUCAAGUUAAAUAUUGUAGGAGAACAUAGUUUAGAAGCGGCUCAAGCCUAUAGCGAUUUGGGGCUUUUACUUCUAGAUAUGUCGCAAUUCCCAAAGGCUGUUAUUAUGCUACAGAAAACUUUAGAUAUACAACUACAAUUACUGGGAGAUCACAAUAUCCAAGUUGCUGAUACAUAUAGUAAUCUUGGUAACCUUUACUCCUGUCAAACUCAAUAUGAAACAGCGCUAAUUAUGCAUCAAAAAGCUCUUGGUAUCAAAUUAGAAGUAUUGGGAAAUCGUCAUUUAGAGCUUGUUAGUUCGUAUAAUAAUAUUGGCAUCGUUUAUCAGAAUCAAUCUAAAUAUGGCGAUGCUCUAAAAAUGUAUCAAAAAUCACUUGAAAUUCAGCUAGAUCUGGAUGGAGGUGAAAGUAUUACUGUCGCUAGUCUAUAUAAUAAUAUUGCAGUGAUCUAUCAAUCUCAAUCCAAAUAUGCAGAAGCACUUUCUAUAAGUCAAAAAGCUUUAAAGAUUCAACUGGAUAAGUUAGGAAACCAAAACAUCGACGUAGCUAAUUCAUAUAACAAUAUCGGGCUGAUUUAUAAUCAUCAAGAUAAAUACGAUGAUGCCUUAGAGAUGCAUAAUAAAUCAUUACACAUCCGAUUGAAGGUCUUAGAUGAUGAAAGUCAUGAUGUUGCCAAUUCUUAUAGUAAUAUCGGUGAUGUCUAUGUCAAUCAACUAAAAUAUGAAGAUGCUCUUUGUAUGUAUGAGAAAUCAUCAAAUAUACGGUUAAAGUUAUUAGGAGGUAAUCAUGAAGAUGUCGCAAAGUCUUAUAUUAGUAUUGCCAAUAUUUAUACUGAGCAUUGCAAACACGAAGAAGCAUUGCUGCUCUACCUUAAAGCUCUGGAUAUACAAACGGAUAGACUUGGAUAUAAUCAUUUAGAUAUUGCUAUAACUUAUAACAAGAUUGGCCAUACAUAUUGCUAUCAAUCGAGCUUCGAUAAGGCUUACGAUAUGUUCCAUAAAGCGUUGAAAAUAAGACUGCUUUUACUUGGAGAUGGUCAUAUUGACGUAGCAAACUCUUAUAAUAAUCUUGGUCUAGUUUACUCUAACAUGUCUAAAUUAGACAAUGCUGUAGUCACGCUAAAGAAAGCUCUUGAUAUUCAACUGAAAGUCCUAGGAGAGCAUGAUUUAGAUGUCUCUGCGACCUUUAAUAAUAUAGCAAAUGCUUACGCUCGUCAGGCCAAGUAUGGACAAGCUCUAUCAAUGUAUCAGCAAUCCUUAAAUAUUCAAUUAGAUAUAUUAGGUGAUAAUAAUAUUAAAGUUGCAACAUCCUAUAAUAAUAUUGGAAACGUAUAUAAGCUACAAGGAAAAACUGAUACUGCUCUAGAAUUCUAUCAGAAAUCAUUACAUAUCAAGUUAGAAGUUUUGGAUAGUAAUCAUGUCGACCUUGCUACUUCCUAUUUCAAUAUUGGAUUGAUUUAUUCUGGUCAGGAUACACCAAAUUAUAACGAGGCUCUCCUCGUGUUUCAGAAAGCACUAGAUAUUUUUAUUCCUGCAUUUGGAGAUAGCCAUCCAACUCUUGCCACUAUUUAUGAUAAUAUGGCAAAGAUAUACCGUGACCAAAAUGACUUUCAAAAUGUAGAAAGAUUAAAUCGACAAUCAAAGUCUAUUCGCGCUACACGAAAGUAG